CGUUGUCAUACUUUCAUCGACUGUUGCUGCUGCUUGUUUUCUUCUGCGUCGACGGAGGGCGUGCCGAGCCAGGUUGCUUGCUAACUCACUACAGCCGAAUCCAAGACUAUCCACCAACCAACUCGUCAUCGUCACCAGGGGUGCGGAGACCGGGACGGCAUUAACCGGGCGUGGACGUACCGAUCUUACACAAGAACCUCAGAAACGAGCGUUACAACACGGGACUCGCUGGUAGAGGCGCAUAUACGAAGCUUAGGGGUGCGAGGCGUCCCGGUGCUGGAGUAGGGCUCGGCUGCAGGAGGUCGUUCGCCACAAAGGCUCGUCACGUCUCGAUUACACUGUUGACGCCCGCAUCUAUCUACAAGAAUCAAGUCGAGAACACAAUAUAGAGAAGCGUUAACGACCUACCGGCCUCGCGCCGCGUUUCCCCACCUCUCAUCUCAUCGUCGGUAGUGGUUCUCGCCAGAAUAUCCUAUAUAAUCCGAUACCCUUGACCGCUCCACGAGCUCAAAAAUCCAUUCGGAAAAUGGCGAAGAAGAAAAAGUCAGCUCUCAAACCCGUCGCACGCGGGUUCGCGACAACUAGCGUCCUGAAGAAGGUCGUUCCUAUCGAAGAGCCCGAGUCUGAACCCGAUGCACUCGCAGACGUGGCUGAUAAGUCAACCUCGAGCGCUAUCGGUGGAGUAAACGGCGUGACGGUGGUACCGGUCGUCGAAGAGUUCGAUCCUGCUAAGGCAGAAGAGCAGUCGCUCCAGAACUUGGUGGAUAAGCUCCAGGAAAAGACGGAGCGCGAAGUUAUGAGGGCACUAAAGGGAAUCGAGUUCGAUCGACGUAUGGCACGCUCUCUUCCUACAAUAUCUGCUCUCUCUGGAGUAGGGGGCGAAGCGGGGUGGGUACAGCGUGUUUUCCGUCUGUUGGAAGAACACCCUCCUGCUCAGCCACGUCCCCAAGGUCUUGCGGCAGAGACUGAGGAGAAAGUGCUCGCAAAGAUGGGGAUUACAUAUGGAACGUUGAGAAGAUUGGGGUUUUCAGAGGAGCGCACUCUGGAGUGCAUGAAGGAGAUCGCUGGAGUCGAUCUAGAUGAGGCGCUGGACUGGCUUUGGUUGCAUUGCGAUGAGGAAGAGCUGAGCUUCGAUACCUCGCAGGAUGAUACCAAAUCAUCAGCUUCGCAAACCCCUACUACAGCUGCCUCCCGGUUCAAACGAGCUCAGAUGCCACAGACGCCGACUACAAACAAGUCCCUGGCAUCGUCCUCGACCACCGAUGUUAGCGUACUUCUCUCGUCUUCGACGGCAAACAGCACUGUUCCCUCCUCUACUGCGUCCCCACGCAUGCAGACGCAGGAACCUACACCUGCGUCCUUAUCGCCUGACAGUAGUGGGGACGAGCGUGCGGAUAUUAAAUCGCGGAUCCUCGCAGCUUAUACCUUGGGCACAGAUGCGACAUCAGACCUAGACCACGAUCCACACGUAGAAUACGCGAAGAUCAAGCUGGCUAUGCGCGAACUCAACGAGGUGCGAAAGCAGGAUGGCCGCGUGGGACGCCAUGGUCCCCAUGGCGAUUUGAUGGAAGAGCUGCGCGGUCGGCUUGAAAAGGUUAGGGAGCACUAUUUCUUCCGCGAGUCGGAAGGCGAAGCCCUUUACCGUGAAGAAAAGGAAAAAGCCGACGCGCGGGCCCUGGAGGCUAGCUUGAAAGGGCUGGCAAUCGACUCCGAUCUCAGUCUUGUACUUUCACCGACGCCGGAUAAGGGAGCAAAGAAACCUGCCACGAAGGCUAUGGUCGAGCCUGGGAAACCGAGAACGAGCAAGAGUCCUGCCCAGACCCCUGCUGAGCUCAAGGAUUCUGGCUCAGAGAGCGAGGAAGGAGGGAUGUUUGGCACGAUGUUAGACGAAAUGCCGACCGAAGAGAUCACGAAGACCGGGACUGUUGUUCGAAUUCGCGACAUGGCCUUGCCCAAGCAGGGUGGUGCUCGAGCUCCAAAACAGUUGCUCGUUGACGCAGUACAAAAGCAACCACACGGCCGACAUGCAGCUAUAUUCUACUAUCGCGUCGGAGGCGCGAGUCGCGCGUGCCGUGCCGGUGUCAGGAUCCUGUGGGUCGGAGGCUCCGAGCAAGUAUGGGAAAUGGACGAUGAGGGAUGUUACGAUCAGACACAGGCCGAAAAUUUUAUUGCGACUGUCGCCUUGCAUGGGCUUGCGUACAUCCCUCUUGCUGGGUUCGGCGCGUCGAACACCAUCCCGAGCGUGCAAUCAUCCUUCCGUCUCUUACCUGCUACUUUCAGAGACUUAUGGGAUGAGCUAGAAACGAAACGUAAAGACGCUGAGGAUACUGCCAAUCGUCGUACUUGGGCUAUGUUGAGGGAGAUCGCAGAGUCGAAGAUGGAUGUAUGGGCGGCGAGAACAACGAACAAGAUUACCAAGGAGGUCAUUGCCCCGACGGAUGAGCUGCUGAGCCACAGGUUCCCGAUGGGUAACGAGCUCAAUCCGCUCCAACUACAGGCUGGAUUCUUCGCUAGACAAAUGGGCCCAGCUUAUCAGGAGAUGCUCAUAUACCGGAAUAUGUUGCCCAUUGCGCCAUACCGCACUGUCAUUACUGAAACCCUCGAGCAAGCUGGCAUACUUGUUCUUAGUGGUGAGACCGGAUGCGGGAAAUCAACUCAAGUUCCCUCUUUUAUCCUAGAAGAACAUCUUGCCGCUGGAAAACACUGCAAGAUCCUCGUGACUGAGCCACGACGUAUCUCCGCGAUAUCUCUGGCCCAGCGCGUCUCUAAUGAGCUGGGGGAUCCUCCUGGCACAUUGGGGACUCUUGCAUCCCUGGUGGGAUAUUCUAUUCGACUUGAAAGUAAUACUACAAAGAACACUCGUUUGACCUUUGCUACUAAUGGAAUUGCACUCCGCAUGCUCGAAGGUGGUAGUGGUCAUGGAGGCAGGGGAACCGCAUUCGAUGACAUUACUCAUAUCGUGGUCGAUGAAGUGCACGAACGCUCAAUUGAAUCGGACUUCCUGCUCAUUGUCAUCAAGUCCUUGCUCGAGCAGGGAAGAAAUAUCAAGGUCGUGCUCAUGUCCGCCACUCUCGAUGCCGAAAAGAUCUCUCAGUUUUUUGGUGGAUGCCCCAUGAUCAGCGUUCCUGGUCGAACUUUCCCUGUGGAGGUGGGCUUCUUGGAAGAUGCCGUUGAGCUUUCCGGCUGGUCUAUUAAGGAAGGAUCACCAUAUGCCAAGCGGGGUAAUGACAAAUAUGCUCGAUCUGGCAAACAGACCAAAUUUGAGUGGAAUGAAGACCAAAUGGUGGAUGAUGAUGACAGCGAUCUUGCUGCCGAGAACGGAACUGCAACACCUGCCAAGUUUGAGCCGCGUUACUCCUCCAGCACUGUGUCCACGAUCAAUUUACUCGACGAACGUAUGAUCCCGUAUGAUCUUAUCAUCCGCCUUCUGGAGCGCAUAUGCUUCGAAGAUGAUGCCUACUUGCCCUUUUCCAACGCCGUUCUUGUCUUUAUGUCUGGUUUGAACGAAAUAAGAAGGCUGAAUGACAUGCUGAACGAGCAUCCCUUGUUCAGUAUCGAGCAGGCUUUCCGUAUCCACCCACUCCACUCCUUGAUUUCCAGUGAGGGACAACUCGUCGUCUUCGACGUACCUUCACCAGGAGUCAGGAAGAUUGUUAUCUCCACCAAUAUUGCCGAAACCGGUAUUACAAUUCCUGACAUCACCUGCGUCAUUGAUAGUGGCCGACAUCGAGAGAUGCGCUUCGAUGAGAAGCGUCAAAUUUCCAAAUUAGUUGAGUGCCACAUCGCCAAGAGCAACGCAAAACAACGACGCGGGCGUGCUGGCCGAGUGCAAGCUGGUCUAUGUUUCCAUCUUUUCACCAAGCUUCGAUUCGAGACUCAGAUGGCCGAACAUCCUCUGCCGGAAAUGAUGCGUCUGAGCUUAUCUGACUUGGCCCUUAGGAUCAAGAUUCUCAAGGUUGACCUCGGUACGUCCAUCCAGGACGUGCUAUCUCGAGCAUUGGAUCCGCCCUCGCCUGUCAAUAUUCAGCGCGCUGUUUCUGCUCUAGUGGAAGUCAAAGCAUUGACGCCAUCUGAAGAUAUCACUCCAAUGGGUCGUCUUCUAUCCAAGUUGCCGACAGAUGUCCAUUUGGGUAAAUUCCUCCUCACUGCGGUCCUCUUCCGAUGCCUAGAUCCAGCUCUCACAAUUGCCGCUGGUCUGAAUCUGAAAUCGCCUUUCAUUACUCCUUUUGGUCAUGAGGCUGAGGCGGACAAGGCCAAGCUCAGCUUCAAAAUAGGCAACUCUGAUUUCCUCACCCUUCACAAUGUGUUCAGCAGUUGGCGAAAAGUGUGUAAUAAUCCGGGGGGAUCAGUACGAACGUUCUGCCGGAAGAACUACCUAAGCUACCCGAAUCUGCAACAGAUUGAGGAGCUACGGCAACAAUUCCUCAGCUAUUUAGUGGACUCCUCCUUCAUUCAAGUUGAUCAGGCGUAUGAAAGAGAGCUUAGCCGUGCUCGCUAUCAUCGAUCUGGAAAAGUGCGCUUUGUUGCCGUCCCAACCGUGUGUGAUGAGAACAGCAACAACUUUGAUAUCAUUCACGCUGCCCUUGCGGCUGGACUGUAUCCAAAGCUUUUGUCAAUUGAUCCGAACAAUGGCUCUCUUCGAACACUUGGCAACGGUGCACCUACGUCUAUCCACCCGACAAGCGUGAAUUUCCGCACGAAAUCCUACGAAUAUGGUACUAAUUAUCUUUCCUAUUUCACGCUCAUGCAAUCCAAAAAGCUGUACGCUUGGGAGACGGGUCCAGCCGACGAUGUGGCCCUCCUGUUAUUAUGUGGAGAGGCAGAGCACAAGUUCUCAUCCAAUACCAUUUAUCUGGAUAAGAAAAUCAAGUAUCGUUUGCCACCACGGGCAAACGUAGCGCUGUCGUAUUUACGCGAUCACGCUGCCGCCAUCAUCAGCCUGCGGAUGCGAGGCAAAGAGAUCAACGAGGAGCAGGAACAGUGGUGGGAGUUACUGCUAGAUGUCCUUGGCAAGAAGGAUAAGGUGAUUUGAUGGUAUGGACUGAAUGUCAUGCUUGCCUUUGUUGCACGUUCUUGUGCACCGCCCUCGUGGUGCCAUUCUGCAUUCAGCUAUUUUUAGUACAUCGCCUAUGGUAGAAAUUCAUGCAGCACAUUUGGAGGCUAG